GAAGUAUUCUCGAAAUAACCACUGAGUGCGUCGGCAGCUCCCUUUCCGCCAGCACGCCGUACAGAGGAAGGACGCGGUGACAUUUUUUUCCCCGAAUUACAUCGCAAGUCUACCGUAUACUCGCAGUAGCGGUCGAGCCGUUGCAUCGGUCGUGUUUAACUAUUAAGAUACACAGAAGGCACUCGCUGUUAGGGGCUCCCUGUUGUCCUCACAUGCCACAAUAAUGAAUGAGAAGAACAACGACAACGUUAAGGUCGAAGGACCUGAAAUGGAGAGGAAAGAGAACGAGGGGGAGUGUAGCACCAGGAAACGUACAAAAGAAGAUAGAUCGAAGAAGAAGGAUGACAAGAGACCAGCGGAACAGUAUUCGAAAAUCCUCAGUCACGUCUCGAGUCCAGAGGACAAGUUAGAUGUAAUGUGUAAGAAGUAUUCACAGGCGGUUGACGAGAAUCGAAGGCUGUCACUGGCGCUGAAACAUUCGGAAAAGAAAGUGGAGCUGCUCCUGCGCGAGAGGGAACAGCUUCAGAUCGAGCGUAGCAAAAGUAUCAUGACUAGGAAAAGACUGGAGAACCUAUGUCGUGAAUUACAGAAGCAGAAUAAGAUAGUGAAGAACGAGAGUCUGCAGAGGGUCAAGGAGCAGGAGGAGAUCAGGAAAGACCUGUCGGAGAAGUUUCAAGGCGGCCUGGCGCAGAUAACCACUCUGAUGAACCAGAACAUCGAGAAGAACGCCAAGAUGUACGAGGAGAAUCUCGAGAUAAAUAAAAAGUUCAAGGCGGUCUACGAGCAGGUGGAGCAGAAGGAGCAGCAGUUGCUGAAGGUGCAUCAGCAGAUGAAGUUGGACCUGCAGGUGGCGGACGCCAAGCUGGCCAAGGUGAAGAUGGAGGCCACCGCUGAGAAGGAGGCGCUGCUGAAGGAGAAGCAGCAGCUUCUGCUGAAAAUGACGGAGUAUCAGACCCAGAUCAGAGAGCUCCAAGCCACCGAGGUGGGACUGCGCAGCGAGAUCAGCAUGUACACCGACAAGUACGACGAAUUCCAGAACGCGCUCAAUCGCAGCAACAAGAUCUACGGUGAGUUCAACGUGGAGAUGGAGAAGAUGACGAAGAAGUUGUACGCGCUGGAGAAGGAGACCAGUCUGUGGAAGCAGCGCUGGGCCAACAGUCACGACGCGUUGUUGGCGAUGGCGGCCGACAAGCAGUCGAGAGACGGAGAGAUCGCGAUGCUCAGCAAGAAGUUGACCCUGCUUCAGGACCUGUGCAAGAUGUUCCAGUGCGAGAGGACGAAACUUCUGGCGCAGCUUAAGACGCAGAGCGCCAAGGUGCCGGAGCAGCCGGCCAGCACGCCGGCGCUGGAAUCUCAGGAGGUUGUCAAGUACAUGAAGCAGAUGGACGAGUUACCGAGCCUGGAGAACACUUUCGAGCAGCUGCAGGCCUCGCUUUCCGAAGCGAUGAGGAAGAGUUCCGACGGCACGCCGGGAGCAGCCGAGCAGUCGGACGAUAAGAGAUUGCAAACCGCGCCCGUCGAAAACGCCGCCGGAGACUCGAGCGACGCCUCGAAACUUAACGGGGAUACGAUCAAGCCGAUCUUCUACGACGAUUUCGUCGAUUACGCGUUAGAGACGCAGGAUGCGAAUGAAAAGGAAUCGUCAACGAUAACUGUCAACGAGGAAGCAGAGGGGUCCUCCGGCCGAUCGGCCGAGUCCUCGAAACUUGAAGAUGCGAACGAAGACAAAUUAACGAGCGAAGAGGCUGGCGAAAUCACGAACGACAAAUCGGACGAAACCCAAAAGGAAACCAACGACGAGGCGGAGGAAAUUGGGAAGCUGAACGAAGUUCCCGAGCGAGACCCUGAAUUCUCGGGAUUGGAAUUUGAAGUUCUCGAUAUUGUGGAGAAUAUAAUUUUACAGGCGGCGGAUUUAACGCAAGAAGAGGAAAUGGAUUUAUCACGAGAUAGCGCGAAUAAUCAUUUAAACGAGCAACUGGAACGUCAAACCGUCGAUAACGCGAGCAGCGGGACUGCAGAGGAGGACGAGAGUAUAGAGGUUGCGCGUGAGAAUUCAACUGUCGUUUUUAAAGAAACCUUAUCGGAGGAUUGCGUGCAAAAUAUUCAGCAAGCUGCAAUAGCCGAGAGCAAUAUUGAGUCCGCCGCGGCCGGAACUACGAGUGGUGGCGAAUCCACGACUGAGCCUGCCAGCAUGCUAACUGCGAGCAAAACUUCCGAGGUCUCCGAGACUUCUGAUGCAGCCGCGGCUGAAGAUGCGACUCUGCUGGUCCAAGGAAAGUCCGAAAUCGUAGCUGAAACUGCCAGUGAAGUAGUUCAAAGUAGUUCCGAGCCAGCCGACGAUACUGUCGACAAUCGUCUGACUAAAGAUGCACCGUCAGCGGAAGAAGAUAUUUCGAAACUCGCAACAGAGGCUACUUGUAUACCUGCGAUCGAGAGCGUCGCUUCGCCGAAGGAAGCGCCGGCGAAAACGUCGGAGAGCGAUUGCGUGGAGGAGAAGCUCAGCAAACCGGCACCGAUAAAGAAGAGAAGAAGGAAAUGAAGACAGGCAUCGGCGCAAUUUCGUUCCUUGCCACACAAUCAGGAUGUGACAUAGAGACACGAAGAAUGUGUAUAGCUGAAAAUCAAUCAAACUAGAUCUUUUCUUGUUUCGUAAUAGAACAUCCAGCGAUGAGUAGUGAGAGACGACGCAAAGAUACGGAAACAUUUAAAGACUUUAUUAGGAAUUUUUCACGCUUUGCACAUGUGCGUAAAUAUUUAAAGAUUCCUACAUUAAAUCGAUGUCAUUUACACACCCACUAGUCCUCUAGUACAUACACAUUGAACACCUAAUCUUAUUCCUAUUAGGAAUGAAGUUAUUGGAAUUGUUUCAUUCGCUCCUUCAUUCAUUGUUUCACUGUUCCUCCCACCUGUAUUAGUUUACCCGAAUGUAUUUCGACAUACAAAUUUCUGUAUAUUUUAUCAGUCAUAUAGAUAUCACGCAUAUGCUAAUGUUACAAGAUGGAGAAAGGAAGGAAUUUCAACUAUUACCAAAACGAUAAAUUGCUAAAUCACUCGCCCAGAUUAUAUAUUAAUACGCGCGCGAAAGAAUUAAUGAAAUAAAAUAUAAGAGAUUUGAUUUUCUUGCGUAUACGCGCGGAUGUAAUAAUAUUAUUUUAUUUAUAUACAAUCAUACAGAGCUGCGCAUGAAGAUUUAUAUGAGAUUAACUCUUUUGGAUACGUUAAUGUAGAUAUUUGAUAUGUAUAAACACGUGAAUACAAAGGAAAAGCGCAACAUAAUUAUAUCUUUUGUGAGUAAUUGAAGAGAAAUAAAGAAACGCGAGUUCGUACGAAACUUAAACCUAACAGAAAACUCGAUCAUAUUUUCUUUGUACAAGCGACCUGUAUAUUCAUUUUUAUAAAAUAUAUCCGAAAAUUUUUGAA